UCCGGUCACAUCAUGGUAUCCUUCACGGCUCUCGUUACCACUUUUCUCGCAGUUGCUGGCGCUGCAAUCGCCACGCCAACACCAAAGCUCGCUGAACAGCCGGUGGUGACCUAUCUUGGUACCCAAGGACCUAUUCUUUCAAGCGGUGCAUGGACAUCUAAGGGCAUAGUCUAUACCUCGGGAACUGUCCCUUCGUUCAACGGAACGAUUGUAUCAGGCGGCAUUGAAGCUCAAACGGCUCAGGUCAUCAAGAACAUUGCCGUUAUCCUCGAGGAAGCUGGCACAUCGUGGGACUAUGUUAUGAAGACUACCGUUUUCCUUGCCAACAUGUCAGACUACACAGCUAUGAACGAGGUUUAUGCUGCUAUGCUACCAAGCCCGAAGCCUGCACGUACCGCUGUUGAGGUUGGCAAGUUGCCGGGCAACUUUUUGAUCGAGCGCAUACAUACAACAAAGAUGCCUGAAAUACAAGACCACGAGGGCAAGCCUGUUCGCCAUCACAUGGCGCGGGUAAAUGGCAUCCGAUUACAUUACAUCACAUCCGGAUCGGGACCACCUCUACUUCUACUACACGGCACACCUAAAACACAUUACUACUGGUACCGCAUCGCGCCUUUUUUGACAAAAAAGUUCACAAUCGUCGCCCCAGAUCUGCGUGGAUUCGGUGCAACAGACAAACCACCUGCCAGCGAAGGUUACGAUGGUCGGACGAACGCGACAGACAUGGCCGAAUUGAUGCACCAACUAGGGCACGAAAAGUUUGCUGUACAUGGCGAGGACCGGGGCGCAACGUAUGCCUUCUGUCUCGCAGGACUUUAUCCAGAACGGGUAACCCAUCUUUCUUUCUGCGAGAUGCUGCUUUCCUACGCCCUUACCAAGCAAACGUUCUUCACACGCAAGAACAUUGCUGCUCAGUACAAUCAAAGUGGUGUUUGGAACUGGCAUAUCCCCUUCUUCUGGCUGCCGCAUGUACCGGAGAUGUUGAUCCAAGGGAAGGAGGAAGAGUUUUGGACACAUUUUAUGAAGGCAGAGUGCUAUAAUCCUAGUGCUUUAGAUCAGGUAGCCGUCAAUGAGUGGGUGAGGUGUUUGAAGGCACCCGGUGGGCUGAGGGGUGUCUUGGAGAGUUAUCGGGCGCAUUGGGUCAAUGUAGACGUUGAAGAAGAGAUCUUGGGCAAGGAGAAGUUGAAAUGUAACGUUAUGACCGUGGGAGCCCCGGAGUUCUUCGGGCCGCUUGUCAAAGAGCAGAUACAGUCUGCUGUCGAGAAGGUGCAUAUUGCGGAGGUUUUUGAAGAGUGUGGGCAUAGCCUAGCACUUGAACAGCCUGAGAAACUUGCCAACCUUCUAAAGAAGUUCAUUCUUUGA